CUGACACAUUUCUCCGCAGCUCCUCCAGACACUGCACCUCACCUCCCCAGAGGCUACGGGCCAUCAGAAGCCCCUGCAGCUCGCACAGACCUCAGCAAAGCCGGGCCAGCAGGCAGGUGUCUCUCUCUCUGGCAGCAUCUGUCAAAACGAGAGACUUGCCUAAACUUCAGCUGCCGCCUGGACAUUGUGGAGGUGGGAGACCCACCUGCCGGCUGCCAUCCUGGGGCCCUGCUGCGCCUGGGAGGCUGCUCGGGGCUGGGACACCCAGAGGGGUUGUCACCAGCCUGGAGGUGGCCAUGUGGUGUCCUUCUACCUGAGGAGGGGCCCGCCCAACCAGGGCCUUCUCCAAGCCAGGUGAUGACUACGUCCGAGGACCGAAGCCCAGCCCAGCCUGGUGGGACGAGCGAGCCAAGGGUGAUGUUGGACUCAGUGACACACAGCACCUUCCUGCCCAACGCAUCCUUCUGCGACCCCCUGAUGUCGUGGACUGAUCUGUUCAGCAAUGAAGAGUAUUAUCCUGCCUUUGAGCAUCAGACAGCCUGCGACUCCUACUGGACAUCUGUCCACCCUGAGUACUGGACGAAGCGCCACGUCUGGGAGUGGCUCCAGUUCUGCUGCGACCAGUACAAGCUGGAUGCCAGCUGCAUCUCCUUCUGCCACUUCAACAUCAGCGGCCUGCAGCUGUGCAGUAUGACGCAGGAGGAGUUCAUCGAGGCGGCCGGCAUCUGUGGGGAGUACCUGUACUUCAUCCUCCAGAACAUUCGCUCUCAAGGUUACUCCUUUUUCAAUGACGCUGAAGAGACCAAGGCCGCCAUCAGAGACUAUGCUGAUUCCAGCUGCUUGAAAACAAGUGGCAUCAAAAGUCAAGACUGUCACAACCAUAGUCGAACAAGCCUCCAAAGUUCUCAUCUAUGGGAAUUUGUGCGAGACCUGCUUCUAUCUCCUGAGGAAAACUGCGGCAUUCUGGAAUGGGAAGACAGGGAACAAGGUAUUUUUCGGGUGGUUAAAUCAGAAGCCCUGGCAAAGAUGUGGGGACAAAGGAAGAAAAAUGACAGGAUGACAUACGAGAAGUUGAGCAGAGCUCUGAGGUACUACUAUAAAACAGGAAUUUUGGAACGGGUCGACCGAAGAUUAGUGUACAAAUUUGGAAAAAAUGCACACGGGUGGCAAGACGACAAGCUAUGAUCUGCUCCAUCAGCAAGCUCAUUUGAUGGAUUUCUGGCUUCUAAAACAAUCAGAUUGCAACAGACGCUUGAAAGUCUUUGUCUUUUUUUUAAACCUGUAAACGUGUUGAUAAAAUUUCUCCACAUCUCAGCUGACACUUGGAUUCAGAGUUGUUGUGGUCUACUUGCGGGUGAUGGCAACAACCCUUAAGAAAUUCUUUUUUUUGGUUUUCACCCAAGGGGAGGGGGGAUGACCUUUGAUGGUACCUAGAUCAGACAUUACUUCCCGAAUCAAGAGUUGCAGAACCACAGGAGCCAGUGCCGUUGGCGCUGCUCGGAGACAAAGGAUCCGAUUCUGCCCUGAGAGACUCCUCCAGUGCUCCCGUUCCAAAGGCUCCAAAGUUUUCACAUACUUACUGUGGCAGCUCACGAAG